UUCUCGCUGCACAGCUCAGCAGGACCUCAGCCAUGAGACUUUUCAUCCUGGCCUUCCUCGGGAUCUGCUGUCUCGCUGCAUACACUGUGGAAGGUGUGGGGAGUGAAGUUCUAGAAAAGUCCAUCUGUGUGAGUCUGACUACGCAGCGACUGCCAAUUAAAAACAUCAAGACCUACACCAUCAAGGAGGGCUCCAUGAAAGCAGUGAUAUUUAUUACCAGACGUGGCCUUAAAGUCUGUGCUGAUCCGCAAGUUGAAUGGGUGAAAAAAGCAGUCCGAACAAUAGACAAGUCCACCAGGAGAAAUGUGAGCCAGACCAAGCCUACAGGAGCCCAACAAUCCAGCAGUACAACUGUGACCCUGACUGGGUAGUGACCCUCUGGCACCUUGUCCCCUCACUAGCCAGGCAGCUCAUUUCCCUUUAAAGCUCAUGGACUAAUUACAUUAUAUUCACCUUUUAUAAAAGUGCUGCAUGAGUCAAAUUUUUUUUUAUACUUUUUUAUGUCUUACAUAUUCAUUUAGAUGCUAUAAUUAAUACAUAUUUAUUAUGAAGAA